AUGCAGGACGAUGCCUGUCCACCUAUUGCAAUUGUGGGCAUGGCGUUGAGAUUGCCUGGUGGCAUUAAUACGCCUGAUGGACUAUGGAAGUUUUUGAUGGAAAAGAAGAAUGGAGUUUGUGAAGUCCCUGGCAGCCGGUACACUGUUGAUUCAUUCUACAGUGAGGUCCAGCCUAACCGUUUAAAGACGCGUCAUGGUUACUACCUCCAGCAGCACCCUGGCUAUUUUGAUGCAGAUUUCUUCUCGAUCAAUGCUGGUGAGGCAGAACGCAUGGAUCCACAACAGCGUCAGUUACUGGAAGUUGUGUGGGAGUGUCUGGAAAACGCAGGAGAAACGAACUGGCGCGGUAAGAAUAUUGGCUGCUACAUUGGAGUUUAUGGGGAGGAUUGGUUGGAUCUGGCUAGCAAAGACCCUCAGCAUACGGAUCGGUAUCACGCCCUUGGGACAGGCCAGUUUGCACUGGCAAAUCGAGUGUCAUUUGAAUAUGACUUUCAAGGACCGAGCAUGACCUUACAUACGGCAUGCUCAUCAUCCAUGGUUGGCUUACACGAGGCUUGCCAGGCCCUUUACGCUGGCGACUGCUCCUCAGCCAUUGUUGCGGGUACUAAUCUUCUGUUUGCGCCAACCAUGUCAGCAACUCUGUCAGAGAGCAUGGUCUUGUCACCAACCGGGAUGUGCAGGACGUUUGAUGCAAAUGCGGAUGGAUAUGGGCGGGCAGAGGCAAUUAAUGCGCUUUAUAUCAAACCUCUGUAUGAUGCGCUCCGGGACAAUGACCCUAUCAGAGCCGUGAUACGUGCAACAUCAACCAACUGCGACGGGAGAACGCCCAGCAUUACUACCCCUGGCUCUCACUCGCAAGAGGCUCUUAUCCGUAGAGCGUAUGAAAAGGCUGGAAUCGAUAAUAUCACAGAGACCGGGUUCUUCGAGUGCCAUGGAACCGGCACAGUCUCUGGUGAUACAGUAGAAGCAUUAGUAGUUGCGAAGAUAUUUGAAGGAAAAGGGGUUGUGAUGGGAGCUGUCAAACCCAACGUAGGACACAGCGAAGGUGCAUCUGGAAUUACAAGUGUUAUCAAGGCUGUCCUAGCCCUGGAGCACGAGAUAAUUCCCCCAAAUGUGUUUUUUGAGUGUCCGAAUCCCAAAAUCCCGUUUACUGUGGCCAAACUGGAAGUACCAGUGGAACCCUUGGUCUGGCCAAAAGAUCGGAGGCAGAGAGCAAGUGUGAACUGCUUUGGCAUUGGAGGUACAAAUGCGCAUAUAAUUCUUGAGUCUGUUUCCUCAUUCUGUAGAGAUUUCAGGGGCUUGAUGAAUCCUGGCUCGUGCACUACCUCUCUCCUGCUUGUCGUCUCUGCCAAGAACAAGGAUAGCCUGAGGAAACAAAUUGAGGCAGUAACAGAUUAUGCAAACCAAAAUUCUACCAUUCUCCACAAUCUGGCCUAUACACUCGGUGUACGACGAGAGCAUCUUUUGCACCGUGCCUUUGUGGUAGCUCAACCUGGUCAAUCCAUCCAUGUGUCAGCAUUCCAAAAAGGCCAAGAUAAACCUCAUAAUCUGACCAUGGUGUUUACUGGUCAAGGUGCGCAAUGGCCAGGAAUGGGAAAGGGCUUGAUUGACUCCUUUCCAGAAGUCAAUCAUGAUAUUCAGAUGCUCGACCAGGAACUCCAGAACUUGGAUGAUGGGCCAAGAUGGUCUCUACGAGAGGAACUAGUCAAGACAGACUCUGACAGUCGAGUUGAUGAAACAGAGUUCUCCCAGCCACUCUGCACUGCUCUCCAGAUUGUAUUGGUCAAUGUUCUUCGUCGAUGGGGACUCAUGUCUUCAGUGUCGUCUGUGGUCGGUCAUUCUAGCGGCGAGAUUGCUGCUGCGUACGCAGCUGGAGCUAUCACGGCACGAUCCGCUAUUAUUAUAGCAUACUAUCGCGGCCUGGUGGCCAAGCAAAAAGAAGGACAAGGUGCAAUGGCGGCAGUCGGUUUAAGUCGUGAACAGUUGACGUCUUUCCUCAAUGAUGACAACGGGGCAGUGAUUGCGUGCGAGAAUAGUCCUCAUAAUGUGACCUUUUCGGGAGACAGGGAGGAAGUGUAUCGUAUUAUGGACAGAAUUAAAACAGAUCUACCAGAGGUGUUAUGUCGACGACUUCGAGUAUCUGUUGCGUAUCACUCGCCCCACAUGCAUGAACUGGGGAUCUGGUAUGAGAAUCGCAUUUCUCGGUUUGUUGAGACGAACCAAUCAAUGCUACCAUUUGUGUCUACUGUCACCUCAACAACAAUCACAGAUCUACAUGAACUGGGUCCAUCGUAUUGGCGACAGAACCUGGAAUCACCUGUCCUCUUUUCCACCGCGGUGCAGAGCAUUAUUGAUAGGGGACACAGCAAUCAUAUCUUCCUAGAAGUGGGAGCACAUUCUGCGCUCUCUGGCCCUUUAAAGCAGAUCUUCAGAGAGAUCAACCCAAAAUCGGACCUACUUUAUAUACCAACUCUCACUCGCAAUGACAACGACCAACGGGCCCAACUACUUCAGACUGUAGGUCUAGCCCACUGUUCAGGCGUACCAGUCAGGUUCGAGGAAGUAAAUGGCCGAGGGACGACACUGGGUAACCUCCCAUCCUACUCGUGGUAUCACAACAAAUUGUACUGGAACGAGAGUCGGCUGACCCAGGCUUGGAGAUUUCGGAAGUUUCCUCAUCAUGAACUGCUGGGAGUACGGGUGGUUGAGUCCUCUGACAUUGAGCCCUCAUGGAGGAAUCUUUUACGACUUUCGGAUAUCCAGUGGCUAAAUGAUCAUGUUCUACAGGGACGUAUUCUAUUCCCAGCAACAGCGUAUAUUGCCAUGGCCGGGGAAGCCAUUCUCCAACUGAGCCCUGAUCAAAACGACUUCUCUAUCAAGAACCUCAUCAUCAAGAACCCCUUGGUAUUGACUGAGUUCCAGACUACAGAGGUCAUCACAACACUUAAACCAGGUCAUGUGACAGACAUAGUUGACUCGGACUGGUAUUUGUUCACUAUCAUGUCCUAUGGCGAAACCGGCUGGACUAAGCAUUGCUACGGACAAGUCAGAACAGGUUACGACAGCAAGCCUGACGCGACCCAAUUAUCACGUUAUGCUCGACUACUCGAGUCUAAAAGAUUGUAUACAACUCUUAACCGUCUUGGGUUUUAUUAUGGGCCACAUUUCCAACGUUUGAGGGACAUCUCUGCUGACCCAACAGAGAAUAAGGCUUCCGGGACAAUUCUCGAUUUCGAAGAACCCACUAGCAGAUACCCCAUGCAUCCUGUGACCAUGGAUAAUGUGCUACAAAUGUUCCCUGUGGCUAUGUCUAGAGGCCUCUGUCGCUCUUUCAAGCUUGUAGUUCCAGCGACUAUCGGGAGCAUAUAUGUUCGAGGUAGCGCAUCCCGGAUGCAGGUCGAAGCCAGCAUCGCCGCCAGUAGGACAGGAAAAUGGGAAGGUCAAGCCACUGCUCUAGCAGGGGAUGAUCUUCUGUUGUUCAUGAAUAAUGUUACUGCAUUUCCUGUAGAUUGGGACGGGAACUCGGCAGAAUUCAAGCCGCCUUUAUGUUCAGAAAUCCGUUGGGCACCCGACGUUGACUUAAUCCCCUCAUCCGCCCUGCUUGCGACACCGCCGGCACCAGGCCAGUACAGUGAAGUGUUAAGAGAUGCGGGAUGCGUAAGUCUUUUAUACGUUUUAGAAACGAUUGAUCGUCUUAGUAGCAGUAAUACGUCCCUCGCGUCCUCACAUUUGGUAAAAUGGGUGAACUGGCUUGAAGCAGAAGUUUCAAGACUCAGUCAGGAGGAAGAUGUUCUGUUUCCAGAAUUGGACUCUUGGGCUAAUAUGGCUUCUGAAAAACGCCAUAAUCUGAUAGCCACAAUAUCGUCAAAAUAUGAUUGUGCCGAGCACGGCUAUAAUAUUCCGUUUGAGUGUAUGCGUCGUGUCUUUGAGGGUUGUCUCGACGUCGCAAGAGGAAAUGCAUCUGAAGAUACGAUCCUGAUAGCUCCCACAAACAUGGAAAAGUAUUAUACGUUUUUGCAGCUUCGCUGUGAUUGGAGUAAUGUUCUAUCGUGUAUAGGCAACUCCAACCCAGGUAUACGUGUGUUGGAAAUUGGAGCCGGAACAGGUAGCGCCACCAAGGCAGCAUUGGAGCAUCUAAAGUCGCCUGAGGGGGUACGACUAUUCUCCACGUACAUUUUCAGUGAUAUAUCUAAAGCUAUAUUGGAACUUGCCCAACAAAAAUUUGGUACUACUGAAAAUAUUGGGUUUAAAAGCCUGGAUAUCGCCCAAGACCCCCAAGAUCAAGGUUUCGAACCUCACAGUUUUGAUCUGAUUAUUGCGUCACAUGUUCUUCACCAAACUCCCAAUCUUGACACUUCUCUCCGGAAUAUACACCAAUUACUCAAGUCCGGUGGCCGGUUACUGCUCAACGAGUUCUCCUCACAAAUCCCUUUAUGGCUGACUAGAACUCAAGGGGGGUUAUCUGACUGGCGGCUUGUCGAAGAUGGUCGAGGUGACAAGCUAUACAUUUCGCCAGAGACAUGGCAUUGCAAAUUACGUGCUGCUGGUUUCAGUGGGAAUGAUGCGAUAGCCAAUGACGUGGAUAGUCCAUAUCAGACACACUUUACGAUGCUUAGCCGUGUUGCUCUCGAAGAUGACACUAGCAAAAUCGACAUUUUGCUGCUGACCACCAGCACUCCUGGCCCAUGGGCCCAGGCUGUCCAAUCCCAUCUGUUGGAUCAGGGAUACACAGUGAAGUGGGGAACCCUGGACGAACAGCCCCCUGCUAAUCACUGGAUAGUCUCAUUUCUAGAUUUGGAAGGGCCGUAUUUGUACAAUAUGACCGAGCAAAAGUAUACGAAACUUUGGAACUAUCUUAAGCAAGCUGACAAGAGCCGGAUGCUUUGGGUUUCAAACAUUGCUCAAUUAAUGUGCCCAGAUCCUAGGUUCGGGCUGAUAUUUGGAUUUGCCCGAACCAUUCGGCAAGAAAUAUUGCUAGAUAUCUCGAUUCUCGAAACUGACGUCUAUGACGAAUCUUCCGUACACGCGCUUUCUCAGGUUCUCAAGAAACUUCAACGAUCCCGACAAGGUUCAGAUAUUGACCUGGAAUACGAAUUCUCUUUCUAUAAAGGUUCUGUACAUACUGGCCGCUGCCACUGGAUUAAUGACCCUUUGGCCAAAAUCCCAGCACAACCAUUAACCGAAGUAUCGCUCAAACUGGAUAUUGGAUCAAUAGGCAUGAUUAAUACUCUUCGAUGGACACCAGUUGAAAACUGCCAGCUUGAGAAGGGUCAGAUCGAAAUUGAUAUGCAAUAUAUUGGGUUAAAUUUUAGGGACGUAAUGGGUGCUAUGGGCCUAUACGGAAACCCUGAGGAAUUUGGGACUGAAGGGACAGGAAUCGUUCGUCGGGUGGCAUCGGAUGUAGCGGAUUUCAAGGUUGGUGACAGAGUUCUUGUCAUAAAUCUGGGAGUGUUUCGGACUCGGUUCAUUUCGAGCUCUGAAUAUUGCCUAAAAAUUCCGGAUGGCAUUCCCCUUGCGGAGAUUGCAACCACGCCAUGUGCCUAUAUGACGUGUCUUUACUGUCUGAUUUAUCUUGCUCGUCUUCAGCCAGGGGAGUCUGUUUUAAUCCAUUCAGCCUGUGGAGGGGUUGGACUAUCUGCCAUCCGGAUCUGCCAAGUGAUAGGGGCGGAGCUAUUUGUCACGGUAGGAAGUGAGGAAAAGGUCAACUAUCUAAUUAGCAACUUUGGAAUCCCACGCAAUCGCAUCUUCAAUUCAAGAAAUUCUAGCUUCAGGGAAGAUAUCCUGUCAGCCACGAACGGAAAAGGGGUCGAUGUUGUCCUUAAUUCUCUAUCAGGUAAACUGCUUCAUGCUUCCUGGGACUGUGUUGCCUCGUUUGGUAGGAUGAUUGAACUCGGGAAACGUGACUUUGUCAGCAAUGGGCAUCUUAACAUGGCACCCUUUAUUCAAAACAGGUCCUAUUUUGGCUUUGAUCUGACACAAACCACGGAGAAUCCAAGGGUUCGUUCUAUAAUGUUCGAACUAUAUUUAUCCUGGCACGAAAAAAUUGCAACUCUCAAGCCUACCACAGUUUACAAUGCCGCAAGCGUUGUCAACGCUUUCAAAUUCAUGCAGCAAGGGACACAUAUUGGCAAAAUCCUCAUCCAAAUGCCUCAUGACCCGUCGGACCUGAUCUCUUCCACGACCAAAUCCAAUGUCAGGCUGUCCUCAAACCAUUCGUACCUUCUUGUUGGAGGUUUAGGCGGCAUAGGGCGCUCUGUAUCAACAUGGAUGGUAGAAAGUGGAAUCCGCUACUUAAUCUACUUAUCUCGGUCAGCAGGAAAAUCUGACGAUGAUCGGGCCUUUAUAAAAGAGUUGGAGGUACAGGGCUGUCAUGUGACCUGCGUAGCUGGCAGUGUUACAGAGGCAACAGACGUCGAGCGUGCCAUCUCUCUCUGCCGAGAGCCUUUGGCAGGUAUCGUUCAGAUGCCAGCAGUUCUGAAGGAUCGCGCAUUCGAAACGAUGACAUACGAUGAUUGGACAGCUUGUCUUGAACCAAAGGUAGCAGGCACCUGGAAUUUGCACAAUGCUGUACAGCGCAUGAAUAUCAAACUGGAAUUUUUUGUUGCCUUUAGUUCUGUCUCGGCAACCUGCGGGACUCCCGGACAGGUCAACUAUGCCGCUGCUAAUACGUUCCUCGACAGCUUCUCCCAAUAUCGACGACACUUGGGCCUACCAUCUGCUGUUAUAAAUCUUGGAGCAGCAGAGGACAUUGGUCUGAUGACUCAGGAUCCUAAACUUCUCAGUCGGGCUCAGGGAGCCUCAAUCCGUCUGGUCAACGAGAAUGAUCUGGUUGAAGGACUGCAGUUGGCAAUCUGCCAGUCGCGCAUGCCUAGUUCAUUCAACAGCAUGGCCUCCAACUCUUGCGUCAUUGGCCUGGGGAACACGAAACCGUUGUCUGCACCUGGUGUCCGGCCGCUCUGGGGUCACGAUGCUAGGUUCAUGCUGUAUUCCAACCUAACAUCCCGAGAUACAGUGCAAACGCAAACAUCAAGCCAUGAGACCCGGAGGUUUCUACGUCGCGUAAGAGAGAAUCCGGCCAUGCUAGAGAGUCACGAUGUAGAGAGGAUGAUUCUCCAUGAGUUAUGGAAACAGAUAGCAAGGACACCCGAGAUCCAAGAUAAGGCGGAGGAGGAAAUUUCCAGCGUAGUGGUCGACUCUCUUGCGGCUAUUGAGAUCAGGGCCUGGCUCCGUCAAAAUAUUGAACUGGAACUAAACAUGGUCGAGAUGAGUAAGGUUGGAACCAUAGGGACAUUGGCGCGAGCCUGCGUCGAACAUCUGAAGAUUCAGUACGGAGUGAACGUGCCAGAGGAGGUUCAGAGUUGACGAUGAUAACUUGAUGUCGGGCCUGGCUUUUGUGGGAAUUUUCUUUCAGGUCAGUAUUGAGUAGGGUUAUAUUUUGGUUUCUUGUAAGUUUUAUUGCUUCGAACGUAUAUUCGUGGCUGUUAUAUACAGAUAAAUUGCUGGUGCACCUUAUAGGCAGCUAUGUGACCGUCUGUGUUAAAAUUCAACAACAUAACUAUACAACAUAUAUUCAAUUAUGGAUUCAAGAUAUAUCGAGUUACAACAGAGUUGUAUUCAGGCUAUAAAUUAUUGGUUACUGUUCAGUACCGCAUCUGGUCGUGUCCGAUGACUGAUCUACCAAUGCGCAGCUAGUCACUUUGUGAUGGGUCACCCACUGGGACUCUAC